CCAAGUCAGCGGACCGUCAAUAUUUAAGCUCCAUCCUCUCCAAAAUAAUAUAUUUACCGUCAACCAAAAAAAAAAUCAUCCAUUAGUAGGAGUGAAAAGCGUCACCACCUGCGUUGUCUUUCAUUAUCUCCAGAGUUGUGCUGGGGAAGCAGAGUAGAUUUAAUUGGACCGCCACAAUGGAAAGUUUUCGAUUUUUUUAGAGAGAGAGAGAGAGAGAGAGAGAGAGAGAGAGAGAGAGGAGACAUUACCGGUUUAUUUCAGCUGAUAAAUCGACCGGUGGAUAAAUUGAGGGAGCGCACUGAACAGAAUUAAAGAAUUUGGAGAAAAUGAAAAGUUGCGGAGUCCAUCAACACCAGCUCGUCUUGCUGUUGGCAGCUGCCAUGGCAACGGCUCUGGAUCCUUCUCACAACCUGGCCAGUGAGAGGAGCUCGAUAGAAAGCACGUAUGAGCUCACCAAAUACCUGGAGUAUCAGCUGAAGGAAAUCAAGGACAUUUAUCUGACCUACCUCGGCCCGCCAUUCAACGAGAAAGACUUCUCUCCUCCACGUCCCAACAGCACAGCUCUGUCCCUGCCAAGUGCAGCGACCCGCCUUGAGCUGUGGCACGGACUUGAAAACCAGGCCCGGCUCGCACAGAACCAGAAGGCCUACUCUGUUCUGCUGGCUGCUGUCAGAGAACUGGCCCGUUCUACCCUCUGCCCCUCCCUCAAGACCUCCCUGCUGCACUUCUGCACAGGCCUGGAUGGGCUGCUGGGCUCAAUAUCUGCACUGAUGACCACCCUUGGUUACUCGCUCCCCCCAUCAUCAGUGAACAUCAGAAGUAACGUUGGACAGCUGCAGUACAGUCACAGGGGGAUAGGGGGUGUCCCACCAGCUCCACUUAUGAGCCAGAGCCUUUACAGUUCCAGAGCAGGGACGAGGACUGAGUCCGGUCAGCGAAACAACAAAAGAAGAAGUGGGAAAAGGGUGGUCAGGGGUGAGAGGGAGGAUGGAGUAGACCUGAUGGAAAAAAGGAGAGGGAAGGAGGGGAGGAGAGCAACAGCAGGAGGAAGGAAUGGCGGCUUGAGGGAGAAGGGAAAAGGAGAAAAAGGGAGCAGAGUGAGGAGGGAGGCGCCUGAGAAAGGGAAAUGGCCUGAAGAGAGAGUCGGUGAGGAAGAAGAGGAAGACCUGGAGCACGAGGGAGAGGUGGAGAGAUCUGGUAUGAGAAGAAGGUUGUUGAGUAUCAGUGAGGAUGACCAGGAGAAGGAAAGGCUGACUGAACAAGGGGAAGAGGUCUUUAUUAAAGGUAAAGAGGGCCCCACUUUCCUUCGACAGCCACCCAUCCAAACAAACAACAACAAUAACAAUCAGUACAGCUAUAAGUUGAACUCACUCCAUCUUGACACAAUCAGAGAGGAAGACGGAUUUAUUGUGGAAAAAAGCAGAGAAUUAACAAUGGACGAAGAACGGCAAACAGUAAUGGAAGCUAUCUCCUCCUUGUCAUCAUUCCAUCAUCAGCGUCGGCCUCCCCGUUCCCUCCUCUCCCCCACCCUUCAUCCUCCACUAUCCACCCUAUCUCUCCUCUACCAGUUCGGAGCGAGUGAGGAGCACACACUCCUCUCCCAACCCGUCCCUCUAUCUCUACAAAGGGGCACCUCCCUCCUUUCGCCUCCUCUGACUCCACUCCUAUCUUCCUCCUCCACCUCCUCCUCGUCGUCUUCACUGCUGUCGGUGCGGCCAACAAUGAACGACUUUGCUAGAAAGGUGGAAGGAUUUUGGAUUUUGCGAGAGCUGCAGAGUUGGCUGUGGCGGUCGGCGAAAGACUUUAACCGCCUCAAGAAGAGACUUCGAGGCUGACAGACAACAAACAGACAUGUUAAGACAAAAUAUUGAAAAUGUAUCAGAAACGCACAAUUUACCUUAUUCUGAGAGAAACCAUCGACUCUGAUGCAGUGCUCGCUGUCAGAAGCUCAAAUAUUGUAAAAUUGUUAAACUUUUGUGUUUCAGUGUGUAAGUCACAUUAUGUUAAUUGUAAUUGACAAAUCUUUAUUAUUAAACAGCUUUUCUAUCGAACAGCAAGCAAAUCUAUGCCAAAGUUUCAGAGCAAAAUCUGGUCAUAUUUAAAGUGAAUACAGCAAAACCCAUUAGCUAUAGUCGGACAACUUUUAAGUUAGCACAUAGCCUCUGGGUGCUACUCCAUUGUUAGUGUAACUCCAUGCAAAGUCAAAUACAUUUCUAGCUUACCAUAUGUUGCCUGGAAAUGUAUUUUCGAGCUUAUGUUAUAUUAGCUAGAAAUGUAUUUCCUAGCUAACAUAAUGCUGUAAAGGGAUAAGGAAUUUAUUUCUUAGCUAGCAUGUUGCUAGAGUUAUAAUUCAGACACUUGUUAGUUGGCUAUGAAGUGUCUGAAUGCUAACUUUAGUUUUUGUCAAACAGUAUUUUGUUUUCAAUUUUGUGUUUGUUUUGCCUAAAAGUGUUAACUGGUUUCUUUUUUUUUUUUUUUUUUUUUAAAGAUUAGUUUUUGGGCUUUUCACGCCUUUAUUGUAGAAAUAGGACCAUGGGUAGAGUUGGAAAUCAAGGACAGAAAGAGGUGGGAAUGACAAGCAGGAAAGGAGCCAGAGGGGUUCGUAAACUAACCACUUAGUUACCAGUGCCCCCUUUAUUUUUGAUUUUUCACAAUCAAUCUUCAUUUGCUGAUUUAGCGAGAAGUAGUGAUGCGAUAAGGAUUGUCAUAUAGGCCUAUCCUACGUUUCUGGACAACCUGAUUUACUGCAUUAUUACCCUAUAACAGCAUUUUAACUUCCCACCCUGAGUGUGAUGUCACAGGAACAAGGCCGCUGUGAGGGUGCGGUAAAAUGAAAUAAUUGUAGUGUUUUGACUGACAAAAGCACUUGGAUGGUUAACACAUUCAUUCAUACUCUACUGGAAUACAUGAAUGAAGGGCUAUUUGGCAGGUCACCAGAAGUGUUAAUGGAAUAUAACACACACAAUGGGCCACAUAGCAGCUCAUUCAGCAAGAUAUUCAGACUGGGCCGAGUUACCGGACUUCACUGCUCAUAGAUCAACAGAAACACCCCUGUAGAUGGUUAGACACACACACACACACACACACACACACACACACACACACACAAUAGACACACACGUGGUCAGAGAGAAUGACAGGCACAGCGACAGACAGUGUAGCUAUUGAGUGAAAGCUGAUUCCGUGACCCCAGAUGUGUGAAUCAGCAAACAUUCAUUUUCUCUAAAGGAAGGACAGACUUCUCUGAAUGGUCAAAAGACAAAAGACGUUGAGGAAAUAGCUGGAGGGAUGAGGUCGAGGAGAGGAGAGGAAAAGGCAGAAAAGGAGCGGAAGAUGAGGAGCAGGCGUGAGUCAGGGGAUGAGUGCAGGGAAUAGCGGGCAGAGGGGUACUGCUGAGUAAUCAGAAGUCAACCAGUCAGUUACAGUAACUCAGUAACAACAGGGCUACACAUACUGACAGACACACGCCCACACCGUUAUUGUGAUAUUUUGGCGCCUUAACAAACCGUUUACUUCACUGCUCAUAUUUUCCACUUUUGAACGAUUUCAUGAUUAAAUAAGUUCAACAUGAGUUCAUUUUCUUCUCUCUGACAGCGAUAAUGCUAUUGUACACUAAAUGUAAAGAUGGAGCCAUCAGCAGUGAGAUUAGCUUUGCAUUAAGUUUGGUAACUCAUCAAAUAUCACAACCAAAAUAAUAAUGUUAGCAGCUUCUGUUGAGUCAUCUUUUUCAUCGAGCUGUCAGAGGGAAAGAAAAGCAGAUAUCUCACAAUUUAAACUUCAGUUCACUUUUUCAUACUGUUCAUAACAUGAAAUCAAAGCCUUUUCCCCCUUUUGCAAUUCAUAGACGGCUUAAUUUCUUUUUCAGAAACAAACUAUUGUUUUUCUCUGUGUAUUGGGCCUUGAAUGAUAGGGCUAAGGGGGUUUGAUCAUAUUUCUAUAAUAUUUAUUGAACAAGAUGUUUAUUUAUUUUUCUCCAGUGUGAAAAUACUGUAUAGUGACUCAUGAGAGA